UAAAUAUAAUUCAAUAUGAAUCAGUUUAUUGAUUUUAACCCUUCCUAUGCGACUGCUAGGAUCUCUACAGGAAUUGAAAGAGAGCCAAAGCCCAAGAUGCAAGCAGACUUCAACCCAUACAUGAAAGGGUUCAACAGUUACUACAAUGAUAACAAUAAAUUAGUGACUGUAAUGGAUCAAUUCUAUCAAGAUUUUAAUAUUAUAAAUAACACUUGCAACGGGUACUCUUCUGCCAAGCCUUCUCCCAUGGAAAGGAGGUAUUCGGCUAUCAGUUCUAAAGAAUUUCGCAAAAAGCAUAACAUGUUCGUGAAAAGAGCAGAUCCAGUUUCAGAAGCGAGGACUAAUGAUACCUAGGUGAUAUGUUACGCCAAGAGAAAGGCUUAACAGUGGAUAUGUAAAUAUCCUCGCUCAUGACAAUACCAAGGAGUAUCGGGAUGAGAAACAGCAAAAGCAGAUUCUAAAUGAAAUAGUCCAGCAACCUAUUGCUAGAAAUCUAGCUGAAACUCCUAUCACUGCUGAUAACAACAUUGUAUUUAUCAAUAGAGACUCUAUAAUUCGAAGACCCAGAGAAUUUAAAACUCCACCUCCUCCGAAGUAUGGCGAGGAGGACGAAUACGUUGAUAACCCUCGUGAAAGUUUCUAUGAUCCUUUAUUCGAUCCUCAUAAAACUAAAUUUAAUUUUCUUGAUACAAGAAAUGGAUCUGUCAGUCGACACUACAAGAAAUACAUCGAUAGUCAGACUCUUAAAAAGCGAAAGGAUAAGCAUCUAAGAAACAAAAAUGACUCAAUUUCAGAGUCUGAAAUUAAUGAUACAAUCGGUGAUUUACCCGGCUUUGAUGCUCAACAAGCCAAGUAUCACAAAAUGAAUAGGAAGAUCAAGAUGCCUCCUACUCUAAAUUCUCCUCCUCUCCAACGCUCAGUAUCUUUAACAUCGAGACAUGGAUUCAUACACAAGAAUUAUGGGAAUAAUAAUUCUACUAUGAAUAAUACUCAGAAGUUGUACAGGAAUAAUUCAUUCAAAGUGAUCUCUCCUAAUAUCAUAAAUGGUCCAAUCAUGAGAAAUGCACCAGCCAUGAAUCAAGAAAAGGUCGCCAUCAGUAAGCUCUCUUCAAGACCAAUCAGGUCUGGAGCUUUCCAGAGGAUAGACAGUAAAAGACUUUUAAAUAAGUAUUAAUUUCACCGUUAUAUUCCUCUAAACCCUCAAGCU